UCAAAAAAAGACGAAGAAGAAGCGAAGCUUUUCUGCUGAGGAAAAUGGCAGACGUAGAGAUGGAUAUCGUGUCCAGAAGAAUGAAUAAUGGCAACGAACACGUAAAGGAGGAUCUGGAAAGCCAUGAAAGAAGUGGAAAUGAGGACAGCGGAGGCUUGUCAGAAGAGGAGGAGGAAGAGGAGGAAGCUGGAAAUAUUGAUGAGAAGGUGGAUGAAAAGUCCAAACAUCACAGCAGUAGUGGCAAACACAAGAGGAAAAAACACAAGCAUCGCAGCAAGCACAAAAAGCACAAACAUCCAUCGGAUGAAGACAAGGAUCGCAAGCGCAAGCAUCGGCAUAAACACAGAAAACAUAAACGCAAAGAGGUAUCCUCCCCUUCUGCUGCAAUCCUCUUUGGCUCCUCCAGCCAGAGGAAAGUGGAAUCUUCCCCCUCAUCUGGAAAUCCUAGUCUGGACGAUAGGGCUGUGUUGGAAGAUCUGGAGAAGCAGAGGGCCAUGAUCAAAGCUGAACUGGACAGCCAGUUGAUGGAAGGUAGGGUUCAGUCUGGUAUGGGUUUGAUCCUUCAGGGCUAUAACUCUGGAUCUGAAGAGGAUGGAGAAGCAAGGUUCCGAAAUGGAGAACAGCAUCCAAGAGGCAGCUCAGGUAAACCCAUAUCUCCCAGAGUGGGGAAAAGUGGGAAAUCUAGACGAGACUCAACAACAGAGGUUAGUAAAUCUAGCUCCAAGCAUCACAGUCGGAGUAAGUCUGCAGAAAAGCCUGUCAAGGAGACAAAGCAGGACAAAGGGACCAAAAGCAGUAAGGUUACAGGUGUUAAAGACCGUGGCAGGAGCAGAUCAAAAGAUAGAAAGCGCUCGGGCAGCACUGAUAAAUCCAAGGAGAGAAGGAAGUCUAAUUCUCCUUUCAACUCUAGAGCUGAGCAGAAAGUUAGUCGUGUUGAUAGACGUUCCUCUCCACAGAGAGAAGUUCGACCAACCCAGGAUAGAGCAAGUCGCCGAUCCAAAUCACCAGUACGAGAACGGCCAAGUCGCUCAGAUGCUGAUCGGGACAAAUUACCAGCCAAGUCCCUAUCUAAAGACACAUCAUUGGGAAAAGAAAACCGCUCCCCCCACAGACGAGGGCCUCACAGCCCCAUAAGAAAACGCAGCGCUUCCCCACGUCAUAGAGAUGCCCACCACACAACUGCUAGUGCCUCAGACAGGAUGUCAAAACUGAGCCACUCUCCAUCCAGAACAAAGUCUCCCCCCAGGAGGGCCCGCAGUCGCUCAGCAGACACCAGGAGGCGGGAUGCAGACAAGCAGGACUCUCCACUCAGGAAGCGACCUCGAGCGGAUGCUGGACCGGGCAGAGACAGAUCACGGGAAGGGAGUCCCAGGUCGUCCACUCGCCGCAGAGUGAGUCGCUCACCUCUAAGGAGGAGAUCUCCAUCACCACCACGACGCUCUCGAUCUUCACCCCGCAGACGAAGCAGAUCUCCACUCAGGCGAAGGUCUGGGGAGAGAGACAGGUAUGGUCGACUUCGCCAGUAUCGACGCUCAAUUUCUCGUGAUCGGGAUAGGAGGAGGCGGCGCAGCAGAGACGAAGACAAGUUUAAAGGAAGCCUUUCCGAAGGGAUGAAAGUUGACCAGGAAUCCUCAGAGGGGGAAAUGUUGGAGGACUUUGAGGGUGAGGAGGUUGAUGAAGAAGCCCUCAUUGAACAGCGGCGACAGCAGCGCAUGGCUAUCGUCCAGAAAUACAAAGGGAUGAACGAAGACAGCAACUUGGUGUCUGAGCCCAACAGUCCUCAGAGCAGCACACGUAGCCGUUCACCCUCACCUGAUGACAUACUGGAGCGAGUAGCUGCAGACGUAAAGGAAUAUGAACGCGAGAAUGUCAACACCUUCGAGGCUAACAUCAAAGCCAAGCACAACCUCAUCGCCCAGGAGAAAGACGGAGCCAACCCAAAGAAGCCUUCAGCCCCCGACAUGUUUACAGAGUCAGAUGACAUGUUUGCUGCUCAUUUUGAUAGUGCCAGGAUGAGAGCGGCUGGAGUUGGAAAGGACUUCAAGGAAAACCCCAACCUCAGGGAUAACUGGACUGAUGCUGAAGGGUACUACAGGGUGAACAUUGGAGAGACAUUAGACAAGCGCUAUGAUGUGUACGGCUACACGGGUCAAGGUGUGUUCAGCAACGUGAUCAGAGCCAGGGACACUGCCAGGGCUGGCCAGGAGGUGGCAGUCAAGAUCAUCAGAAACAACGAGCUUAUGCAGAAAACCGGUUUAAAAGAGUUAGAAUUCCUCAGGAAGCUGAAUGAUGCUGAUCCUGAUGACAAGUUCCACUGCCUUCGUCUCUUCAGACACUUCUACCACAAGCAGCAUCUUUGUCUCGUGUUUGAGCCUCUAAGUAUGAAUUUACGAGAGGUGCUAAAGAAAUACGGCAAAGAUGUUGGGCUCCACAUCAAAGCUGUGCGAUCGUACAGCCAACAACUAUUCUUGGCUCUGAAGCUGCUCAAGCGUUGCAACAUCCUCCAUGCUGACAUCAAGCCAGACAACAUCCUGGUAAACGAGUCAAAAACCAUUUUGAAGCUCUGCGACUUCGGUUCUGCAUCACAUGUUGCCGACAAUGACAUCACACCAUAUCUCGUCAGCAGAUUUUACAGAGCUCCUGAAAUUAUCAUAGGGAAGCCUUAUGACUACGGCAUUGACAUGUGGUCUGUCGGCUGCACUUUGUACGAGCUGUACACCGGAAAAAUCCUGCUUCCCGGAGCUUCCAACAAUCAUAUGCUCAAGAUGGCAAUGGACCUGAAGGGCAAGAUGCCCAACAAGAUGAUCCGGAAAGGAUUGUUCAAAGACCAGCACUUUGAUCAGAACUUGAACUUUCUGUACAUUGAAGUAGACAAAGUGACCGAAAGGGAAAAGGUGACGGUGAUGAGCACCAUCAACCCGACCAAAGACCUGCUGGCAGAAUUAAUAGGAGGCCAGCGGCUGCCUGAGGACCAGAGGAAGAAGGUGAUGCAGCUGAAGGACCUGUUGGAAGGCACUCUAAUGCUGGACCCAGCUAAGCGCGUCUCCAUAAACCAGGCUCUGCAGCACCCCUUUAUCCAGGAAAAGAUCUGACACCCUGAACGCUCCGUGCUCCCAGAGCGAGCAGACAGAACCGACCACUAAAGCAGCUCUGACUGGAACUCUGCAGUGAUGCAACCCACCUUCAGACUUCGUUUCAGAAUGCCAUCGUGUUUAGUUCUUCCUCAACAUGACUCUGUCAAUGGAUACAUUAUUAUUUUAAUGUAAAUAGAUCAUCCAAACGGUAGCCGGUUUUCAUUGUAAACUUCCCUUCAUACCCUGCAAUGGCAGUUAUAUACUUUUUUUUUAAAUUUCCCUGGCACUGAAGUGACAGAUGAUUAAAGGAAAAAAACAUGA